CCGCUGAGGAGCCGGGGCAGCGGGGGCCAAGCGGGGGCAUCGCCUGCCCCACCAGCCGUCUCGCCCAUCAUCAAGAAUGCCGUCUCACUGCCACAACUCAACGAGGCGACGUACGACAGUGGUGGUGGCCGGGGCUUGACCAGCAAGUUCUCCUUCAAAAGUGCCUCCAACAGCUUCUCCAAAACACACCAGGCCUACGGUCUGGAGUCCGGGUUUUGCACCAUCCCUCGUGUCCCCCGUUUGGAAAAGGCCCAAGAAAGCACCUUCCCCGGGGAAGCAGAGCUGAAGCGCUCGGACUCCCUGCUCUCCUUCCGCCUGGACCUGGGGCCCUCCCUGAUGAGUGAGCUCCUCCAGGUGAUGAGUUUCUCUGAAACCAAUGGAAACAAGGUGGGGGAGGAUGGCCCAGACCUCCCGUGUGGUGAGGGGACCAAGGACGGGGUCCCUGCAGCAUCGGGAGCAUCCCAUGGAGAUGACAAGGCAACGUCCAGCUUCUGGGACCGCUCUGGGCAAAGCAGCCUGUCGGGGGCCAGCUCACUGCCGGGACUGUCGGUCCGUGCCAACGGAGAGGCACAUGCCAUCGAGGGCACUGGAGAGGACCCUGCCUGGGCUUUGGGGCUGGAGGCCGCGCCCAGAGGGACCCCGUGGCAGGGGCACUGGAACGACUGCACCAUCGAGGCAGGAGAGUUUGACCGGGCAGCCCAGGUCCUAGCCCGCCAUUACGGUGGGACCAGCACCCCGCGGAGCUCGGAGAAAGGCGAGGGUCCCCGGCAGGCCCGGACGCAGGCCCUGUGGAAGAGCCCCAGCAGCAGCUCGUGGCAGUCACAAGUGACAGGGGAGAGCCGGUCCCCCGAGGCCACCUGGAACCAUGGAGAAGAGGAGGAGGAGGAGGCCGAGCUCUCCAGCCUGCAGGAGGGGUACAGUGGUGCCCGGGGGGGGCGCAGCAAUUCCUUCGAGUAUGCCGAUGAGGAGGAGGAGGACGAUGAAGUCAAGGUGUGA